UAAAAAUUUUUCAGACUCCGACGGUCACACUGUAUUAUUGUAUUAUUAUUGCAAUUCUAUCUAAUUUUAACCAAUUUAACGCAAUCAGAGGAUUCCUGCGUGGUUUUCCAAGCCAACUAAGUUUACUUCAGUUCCAGGUAAACAGCGACGACAUGUCCCAAGGAGGCGGCGCUACACCAGCGGGCGGUAAUCCCACAGCGCUCCAGGCAACCGGAGGGGGCGUGGUCUUCAGUAAGGUCUUCAUCCAACGCGACUAUAGCGAAGGAACCUCGGUGAAGUUCCACACGCGACUGCCCACGGAGCUGGAGGGCAUGAUUGAAAGACACGUCUUCGAGGCCACCAUCAACAGGCUAAACGAAUUCUAUGCCGAAGCGGAGGAGGGAUCCUGUGGCACCUACUGCGAAGGAUGCAUUGGCUGCAUCACGGCCUACUUGAUCUAUAUGUGCUCCGAAACGCACUACGAAAAGACACUUCGCAAAAUAUCCAAAUUUGUGGCUUCCCAAAACGAACGCAUUUACAACGCCAAGGGCCUGCAGCUGAUCGAUCCGACUUAUCGGGGCCUCCGCGUCAUAGAGAUUACGAUAUUCGAUCGUCCGGGGCGGACGUGACUUCCGCUUUCCCAUUCAGCCAACGAGUUUUUCAUGUGAGAUCAACCAGCCACAGUCGCAUCAACAGGAAGAUGAAGGAGGAGUGUCCGUGUUUCAGCAAUUAUCAAGCAAAAGUCAGCGCCAUUGUGUGUGUUUCCAAAAAAAAGAAAAACAAAAAUCAUUACAAAGCUGUGGAAUCAGCUAAAGCUUUAUAACCAAUAACCAUAUGUCUUGGCAGAGCAGCGGCCAGAGCUUCGGGGCAUGCGACUUAGUCACCGGUGUGCUGGGAGUCCUCCUCCGCUGCAGCCACAUACGAUAUGCUAGAUUAGCCGUUAAUGAUUAGCCAAGGCAGUGUACGGCCAGUUAGUUAGUAUUUAUGCAUUAGCAGGCAUAGUCAUUUAAGUGAAAAGCUACCGAAAAUGCAUUUUGAGCCGAAGCAUGCAUCAACAUAUACAGACAUUCGCAUAUGUUAUCAUUGUUCUACUUAUCAGACCGAGAGGCCAGCGAGAAUUGAUUGUUUUGUAAUUUGAAAAAAAAAAAAAAAACAAAAGAAAAUUGUAUUCAUCUUGUUUGUAGUAGUUACUAACAAUUCGAUUGUCUUAAGUUUUAAUUUUAAUGGCAUUACCAUACAUAAAUACAUAGUUCAAGCUUAAUCAGAGAAAAGCAUACGCAUAAUGUUUUCUAUACAAAACUCUUACCGAUUUCAAACAGCGCCAAAUGAACUUACCCAUAGACAAGUGGAGAACUGUUCGAUUUUUAAUAUAAAUCAGCAACUUUGAUUAACAUAGUUAAAUAUCUUAUAAGGAAUAAUAUAUAUUGCCGUCAUAUUUAAAA